AUGAGGGCCAUCAUCCUUAGAGGAGCGUUGCUGACCUUGGCCUUGGCAGGAUUGUACCGAGCCCCUCUCAUCUCAGGUGCCAACCUCCACCUCAGCCCCCGCCUCUACCCUAAACUCCUCCGCUGCUACCGAUGCAUCCUGGAGACCAAGGAGCUAGGCUGCGUCUUGGGCUCCGACAUCUGCCUCACAGCCAAGGGCGGAGGCUGCCUAACCACCAUUAUUCACAAUGGCAGUAAGGAGGAAAUCAUCAUAAGUGACUGCAGGUCGAAGGAUCAACUGUCAGAAUGCUCACUGUCGCUGGCUUCUCCUGUGCCAGGUUUUUGGGUAUCUUCUCGAUGCUGCCUUGAGCCACUCUGUAAUUCUCCACCGAUCCGUGACCAGGCCUUGUUGCAGAAUCAAGAUAAAAAUACUAGUGUUGUAUUGGACUUCCUCGUUCCCAUUCCUUACUCUAGAGUCACCACCACUCCCAUGGUACCCUCAACCAGUCAGACAGAAUGGCCCUCAGACUAUGACUCCUAACCGCCCCUUUCUCUUAGAGACUGCAGACCCUACUUGACCCCAAAUCAAAUCCUGCCUUAGAAUACAGCUAGGGAUCUUUACCCCAAUGAGAUCCCCUAUACCUUGCCUUGGGAGUUCUAUCAGGAAGCUCCAAGUUACAACCUGUUCCUCAGGGUUCCCUCCCCCAUCCCCACUGACACUAC